AGCUGAGUGUCUUCCAUCAGUAGACUAGUCUUGUAUCGCACAGACCAUUGAAUCUUCCCAAAGUACCACACAGCGACUGCGUUUACCCCGCGCUUUGGGACCUGCGUACUGCCCCAGCUGUCUCCGGGUGAUUGGCAGCCGAUGCCCCGCCCCUUGUGAUGUAAUCAGUCACAUGAGCGGGUAGUGGCCCGGCUGGUAUUGAGCAGUCUGUCUGACAGGGGAACGGGCUUUUUUCUCCGUCGCCAUGAGCCUUGCUGUUUCCUAUCGCCUCUUGACACCUCUGCUGCUGCUCGGUUUUGUACAGGUUAUAUUAACGAAGAGAUUUGUGGUGAAAGAGGCGUCAAAAAUAUGUUUGCUGGCUGAAUUCUCGGCUAACUUUUCAGUCAGCUUUGAAACCACUGCCAAAAAGCAGGCUACAGUUUUGUUCCCCCUGCCAGAAGAUGCAAAAGAAAGCCCAAAAAGUAAUUGUAGUAGUAUGAUUGCACCACUACUGGUAGUCAGCUUUGGGGAUGGUCAUUCUCUCAGCAUGAACUUCUCAAGGAGCAACGUAUCAUACAAAAUGGAAGAACUGACUCUUGUUCUCAAUAUGAGUAACAGUGCACUUUUUCCUAAUUCAAGUAAAGUUGGUUUAUUCAACAUGUCAAGACCUUUGGACAUCAGUGCAAAAUUGAAUACAACGUACACAUGCAAGAGUGAUUCUACCAUAUACAUGGAGAAUGUAAACGUAACCCUGAAUAAGGUUCAAUGGGAAGUUCUACCACCAGCCGAUGGCUUCAGUAAAACUAAAACUGAAUGCCAUGCUGACGUGACUCCAUCUGUACCUCCCACAACACCAGUCACCACCCUGGCUCCGACUACUGCAACACCUGUAAUACAGAAUCCUACUCGAGGAAGAUAUAAUGUAACCAAUAACAAUGUGACCUGCUUACUUGCAGAGAUGGGACUGCAGAUUAAUAUUACACAGAUGACUGGCAAUAAGAUUGCAACAAAAGUUUUUAACAUUUAUCCCAACCUAACACAUGCGAGUGGAAACUGUAGCAAAGAUCAUGCAUUCCUUCAAUUGACAGACAAGUGGACCACGCUGAUUUUUCAAUUUGUUGUGAAUGCUACUUUCAACAACUUUUACCUGAAGGGGAUCUCUAUCUCUUCAAGCCUUGUUCCAUCUCAAGGAAAGGGGUUUCAGGCUGAAAAUAUCAGUCUGCACUACCUGCAGACAUCUUUGGGCAAAUCUUACAUGUGCCAAGCUGAACAGGUUCUCCAAGUAACCCCAAACUUUUCCAUCAAUGCAUUUGAACUCCGUGUGCAACCAUUCAAAGUAGAGAAUUCAAAAUAUGGAAUAGCUGAAGAAUGCCAGAUGGAUAAAGAUGACAUGUUGAUCCCAAUCAUAGUUGGUGCAGCUCUUGCUGGCCUUGUGCUGAUUGUGCUGAUUGCAUAUCUGAUUGGAAGAAAGAGAAGCCACGCUGGAUAUCAAACCAUCUAAUCUUGCAUAGAUUUAGCUACUCCACUUCUGUAACUAAUUCUUUUUCAAAGAAAUGCAUACACAUUCUCUCCUGGAAUCUUGGGGAUGGACCUGCAUUAAAGGGAGUUAAGAGAAAAAUGUUUACUGACAAACGGAAUCUUCUGCCUGACAACUUGCUUCUAAUAGUAUGUUUUUAACAGAAUAUGGUGAAAUAUUUCCCCACCCCUGCCAUCCCUAGGUCUUGACAUGGGGUAUGUCAAUGCAUUACAUUAUAAUAACCAUGGAGCUGGGGAAUAGUUUGAACAGUGGUUACAUACAAAGUGAAACCUAAGGGCCACACUGAAUAGAGAAUGCAGUGUUGCCAGGGGGGGUUUACACAUUUAAUUCAGGUUGUGAGGGAGUGGCAUCUGUACACCUACGUUGAAUAUUAAUGUUUCUACAUCAUUUUCUUUUAUCCGAAGAGUGGAUGUGCAGUGGGUAAGAUAGAGGCCAGGUUUAUUUACACUAUGGAGUGCAGCCAAACAAGGGAGGCCAGCUUUUCAAUAAAGGCUAUGCUGCUAUAGUGUAAGAGCACCUUAACAGGACUGUUUGUGAGUAAAUUAUAACAUUUUCACACUUCUACUGUGUAACCAAGAGUGUUAAUUCCUGCUUUACGAAAUUGUAAUGGUGUGUUGUGCUAAAGUGAUUUUUUUUUUGUUGUCCACUUGACUUCAUAAGGGUGCGUGUGUAUGUAUACAUAAACACAGUGUGCCUGUAAAUUAGGCUUCUUGCAAAUUGUACUCCCUUGCUUCCUGCCCUUGACCAUCUCUUCCACCCCACCCCACCCCCCAAAAAAAAAUUACAGAUAAAUUACAACAACUGGCACAUUACUAAGAUUUUAGUUUGGUUUGAGUAUAAUUUAAUCAUUGGAAUGAGACCUUUAAGAAUGGUCUUCAUCUACUCCUUGGUGUUUUUAUUUCAACAAAAAUACUACCUUGAAGUGCAGAUUGUGUUGCAGUGUUUGACCUUUCCAAAAUAUAAAAGCACAACAUUGCUCUUGGCUUCUUUAGCCUUUCACUGCUGUUUCAAAUUACGCAGUGAUUGUCUUUUAUCCAUUCAAACUGUGUUAGGGGGUGAACAGCUUUAUCUAUAUAAAUUGAUGUUAAUCCUGCAACAGCUUCAGUAAUUGCUGAUAAAUUAACCUAGAUGGAUGUUGUUUAAAUUCAGAGCUAACCAGUUUGGAUGAUAAGCACCUGGUGGUGUGUGAACAGUAAACUCAAAAGAUGUUGGUUGGAGUAAAGGUUGCCCUAAUGCAUUUAACAUGCACUAUCUCUGCCAGCACUCAACAUGUGCAUAAUUUAAGCUUGGUUUAUCUUGAUAAUGCAUUUAAAAUCUGGUUUAUGUAUUUAAAACUUUGAUUUGUUUAUAAACUGUUGGUUUGAGAUUUUGGGUGCUCUGCAAAUGAUUAGGAGCUGGCACUCUCCACUUGUUUUUCCUCCAGUUCUUUUAAAAUCAAUUAAACGGUGUGCAUUUUUGUGACUGCACCUUUUCAGGCAUGUCUUACCAUAUAUUAAAAAAACCAGCCUGCCGGUUGUGCUUAAAAGCUUGUUUGGGAUGUUGACUGAGACUUGGCACAUACGGCGUAUGCAUUACCUUUUAACUGUGCUAAUAAACAAUUUGUUUCUGAAAGGGCUAUGUGCUAGUUUCCCCUCUUCUGUUAAAGGCAUUUGGCCACCUCUCCCAGCUGCAUUACAAAGGGAAUCUUAACUCUUGACGCACUAAUGCAUUGAGCAUUUUUUAGGGUGAAAACCCAGUUUCUAAGUUUGCAAUUUUGGUUUUCCCCCCUCUUUCCCAAUACAUUCUUGACAGAGUAACUGCAUCAAGUCUGAAGUUUUGUUUGUAUGGUUUUCUACAGCAUAUUGGGGCCUUUUUAUUUUAUGAGAAAUGAUUUCACGCUAAAUUUGUCCUUUUUCCACAUUGUUCCAUUCCUUUUUCGUAUUUUCCAAUUUUGAGUUAUUUUUGGUUCUGUAAUCCAGGUUGAUGUUGGAGAUGAAAAUUUUCCUGACAUACUUAUGCACCAAUAAAAUUAUUUCUUCUGUCUGCCA